AUGAAAGCUCAUUCAAGUUCAACGUUACCUCCAGGAUCAGUCCUAAUACAAUCGGGUCAGACCAUUCCUCAGAGUGUUAGUAUGGCAGCUUUACAAGCUAACAACGUUACAAGUGUUCCACAGAACCUUCAGGUGUGGACUCCAUCACCUUCUGGAACUAUUACGGUCUCUGGGAUAACAUCUUCAAGAAAUUCUACUAACCUUGUUACCCUCCCUUCUGGACAGACAGUACUGAUGGCUAAUUUGGUUACAACUGCAACUACAGGAUCAAUUUCUCUCCCCACAUCCUCACUUGCUAAACAACAAAUUCAAGUCCCAUCAGGCCCUCUAGCUACACAACUUACUAAUCCCACUGUCAUACAAGGUCCAAACGGUCCAAUGUCAAUGGCCUUACCAGGAGGGAUAAUAAGUAACAAUGCACUGAACUCAUUUAAUAACCCUUCAAACGCCUUUGUCCCUAAUCCUAUGGGUAACAUGGCUACUGAUCAACCUGUACAUAUUGCCCAAAUUAUUGACAAUCAGUUGCAUACAGGAACAGCAUGUUUCACCACGAAUGCAGGAUUUCAGGGGAUAGCACCUAUGAAUCAAGUGAUUUUAGAUUCUUCAAGUUUUAAUCUUGGUGCUGCACAAACACAAAAUAAGUUAAUUAACAUGUCACCAGUUAGACCGCAUACACUUGUAUCUUCUCCCAUGCAACACAUUAACGUUGGUAAUUCAUUCGUUACUGCAGGAAAUCUUCCCAGAGGUUUGUCUUCAGAUUCAUCGUUGUCUGAGACAGUUGUUGGUUCUAAUACACAAAACUUGUCUAUUCAAGAAACCGCAGGAUAUUCCGUUCAAGAUGAUAGUUCAUUGGUCAUACAAAAUAGUACGUCUACUAUACCAUCGAGCAAUACAACUUUGCCUGAAAUACCUUGCUCAACGGAGGAUAGUCAAACAAAUAUUGAAUCCAAGUGUGUUGUUGGUGAACAGACUAACUCAAUGUUUACAUCAAGUUCCUUGUCUGAGUUAUUAACUGAGUUUGAACCACACUUACAACUAGAUCAUGAUGUUGAAGAGGUUAUGACAAAUUUAGCUAAUGAAUUUAUUGUGAACUGUGCAGAAAAAGCUCAGAAACUUGCUUCACACAGAGGUUCAUCAAGUGUUGAAGGGAAAGAUGUUGCAUUUUGUAUGGAACGUGAAUGGAAUAUUGUUGUACCAGGUUUUAUUUCUGAAGAACGACCUAUGCGUAAAAAUUUAACAAGUGAAGCUCAUAGACAACGUUUAGCUUUAAUGAAGAAACAGAUUAAAAAAUAUAAUUACUUCUUGUACGAACGAAACAAUUUUGAUGAUCACCCUAUAUUUGCAAGACGAAGGUCUACCGAUCAUAAUAAAGACGAGAGAAACCCAAAAACUUGCACAGGAGAUCCUAAUUCAUUUAUUGGGAAGCAUUUAAGCACAUCUUCAUUGUCAAGGCGCAUUCAAAAUGUUUUAUUUUGCUUGGUGGAGCUGAAUCCCCACAAUGCUGUUGUGGUGAUUGAAAAAUGUAUCAUUACUCGUCAGUUUCCAGGCUUAGUUUUGGAUUUGCUUCUUGGUUUAGUCAAAAAAGAUGCCUACACAUUGAUGUUUCUCAAAAGGAUUUUGUUGGAUAGUGGUCAAGAUAUCCGAUCGUGGAUGAGUAACUUUUUGAAGCUCUCAUCUUCUGCUUCGUAUUUGGAGAAACUCAACUUUCAUUUUAUGGCGAUAACUACGAACCUUAUACCUCAUGACUCUACAAUCCCUUUGGAUGACAGUGUAAUUCUAACUGCUAUAACAUUGUUGCGUGUGCUAGCUGCCUUUCGAGGAUUUGUCAACUACAACUUUCCACCAGAACUUUCACAGAAGCUACUUAUUCUUUUGACGCAUAGAACUGUUAUUUCUGAGCGUGGUUUGCAAUAUAUUAGUUAUUCACUUGCUUUUUUAAUUGGAUUACGUUGGAGUCUGACGACUGGAUUAUCUUUAGACACUGGCAGUAAUAAUCAUGGUAAUAAUCGAAUAUCAAUGAGUAUAGAUGUUGAGAAUAUUAUUGUAACAUGGCUUCAACGUUUAAUAGAUGAACAAGAUAUUUUCAAUUCAAUUACUCAAUCUUCAGCUUCAUCAUCUUUAUCAUAUCUUCAUAAUUGUAAUCAAUUGCCAAAAACAAUAUCAUAUAUUGAACCUUGCUACUUUUGGCUAUAUUAUUUCAUACAAAUCAACCUGAGAAUAUGA